AUGCAAUUCUACUUGGGAGAUGAGUCCAUUUUCAUUGGCCAGACUGUUGCCAACACCAUAGCAACACAAAAGGUUGCUUCAGUUGAGUUUACAAUCAUGACGAAGGUGCGCAAAAAGAUUACCAAUAAUGGGCUGCUCACUUAUGGGAGGCAGUUCAUGUCAUUUUUUGAUUCGUGCCCAAACACAUUUGGUGGUCUUGCAUGCCUCAUGCUAGAGAAUUUGAGGUUAGGCGAAUCAUACUUCCCCAAAAUUUUCAGUGUAUGCAAGCAACUGGAGUUACUCCGCCUCUACCACUGUGAUAUGGGCAUCGACUCUUUGUUGGAAGUGGAACACCCACAACUCAGUGAACUAGUGAUUGCCUGUAGCAGGCUUAUUAAGAGGGUUGAUCUGAAGUGGUUACCAAAACUCACAGUACUGAAAUUUAAUGUAUUUAGAUCUCAAGAUGACCCCUUCUGUCUUGGCUAUGUCCCACUGCUCCAGACUGUGACCAUCAUUAAUACUGGUUUUGCUUGGCACAAGAUGCUCAAGUUUAGUGAGUUGCUGGGUAAAACCGGCAUAAGCAACCUGCAUUUGGACUUCAGAAGCGAAAAGAUUUGGGUCAAACCGGAAGGUCAAAGACAAUUGUUACCGGUGUUCCACAAACUAACGCUUGUGAAUUUGCUUAACAUUUCUGAAGAAUGUGAUUUGACUUGGAUAAUGUUCAUACUCCAAGGUGCACCCACCCUUAAGGAACUACGCAUCUUGGUGCGGGAUCAUUUAUGUGAAAUGAUUUCGGGGGAGCAGAGGAAAAAAUUUGUGUUUAGCGAGGAGAAGGACAAUGGACUAGAGUGGGAACCUGCACCUGAUUUCAAGCACCACAACCUUGCCGAGCUCAGAAUGUAUGGGAGGUUUCGAGCACAAGACAACAUCGUGCGCUUUGUCAGGAAUGUCAUGGAAGCAACGGUGAAUCUGGAGGACAUAAAACUUUUUAAGAGUCCAGUGUGUGAGAACUGCAAGCACAUGCUUCAGGAGUGGACAUUGAUGGAGAAGUCGUCGCUUAGCCACAAACUCAACAUGGGGAUGCUGUCUUCGAACGUCCAGAUUCAGUUCCCGAGUUUAGGGAAAUUUCGUACAUGGUCAAAAUACUGCUCUUAA